UUUUAUUUUUUUCUUUUUCAGGAAAAAAUAUAUAUUUCAUCCUCUGAUUAUUGUUAUUCCCCUUCGUCUCAUUCGGUUUCUCUCUCUAGAACCCCCUGUUUCUCUCUCUACGAGAGGACGAACGAAGACGACAACAACAAAGAAGCUUCACAGAUAUGGUCUCUACGCGUCGCAGUGGAUCUAUAUCCAACAACAACAACAAACGAUCAUCAUCUUCUGAACAGAAUCAUCCGUCACCGAAGCGUCCAAAGGUUGAAAAUGGAGGUGAAUCGGAGAAAUCGACGGCAGAGGAGCGGUUACAGCCGGCGGCUGUGGAGAAUUCGAAGGAAUUGAGCUCGCCGACGGCGGCGGAUCCGCCGGAGAAUGCCGCCGUGAGCUGCGGGAAGGACGGAGAGGUUGCUACUCGGGCUGCUUCUGUUGUUACUCCGAUUGCUCAAGGGGCAGUUCCGGUUUUAACUGAGAAACCGCGAGCAUUUACUUCAUGGAAGCAACAAAAUCAAAGAUGUGAGACGGCCGCACCGUGGUGCAGGCUUCUUCCUCAGACGUCGCUGAACCAAACAAUGACUCUUUAUACAAGCAGCUUUUCAGUUGGAUCAAGCAAGAAUGCUAAUCUUUUAAUUAAAGAUAUAAGUGCGGUUCUUUGCAGUAUCAAGCUCAAUGAGCGCGAAGGCGGUUCUGUAGCUAUUCUUGAAAGCAAAGGAAGCAAGGGAUCUCUUUAUGUUAACGGGAAGACUAUCAAAAAGGGAACAAGUUGUGUAUUAAAUUCAGGGGACGAAGUUGUUUUCGGUUCUCAUGGGAAUCACGCUUAUAUUUUCCAGCAACUGCCAAAUGAUGUCUUGUUAAAAACAACAAAAGCGCGGUAUCUUGAAGGACUUGCAGGGCGUGUAGGGGACGCAUCAGCAGUUGCAGGUGCUUCUAUAUUGGCAUCUUUAUCUAAUCUGAGAUCGGAUUUAUCUCGUCUGAAGCCAGUUGUUGAAACUGAAAUUCGUCGUCGUAAUCAUGAAAAUGAUGAGACUGAUGGUCCAGAAGUAAAUUCAGCUACAAAUACAGGUAAAGAUAGUGCAUCUGAAGUUGGAGCUACAAGCAAAAUCACCCCUCUUGGAAGCAGCUUAGACCCAAGUCCUAUCGAAACAGGAAACGCAUUAGAUUCACGACCUGCAUUGGCUCCAGGAAUGUCUGUAAGAUCUGCAUUGCUGAAGGAAGAGAUUCUUGCUGCGAUUAUUGACGGGCGUGAAGUUGAUGUUUCUUUUGAUGAAUUCCCAUAUUAUUUAAGCGAGAACACCAAAAAUGUGCUUAUUGCAGCUUCUUAUAUACACUUGAAGCAUAGGGACCAAGUUAAAUAUGCUUCUGAACUCCCUACGGUGAAUCCUAGAAUCUUGCUUUCUGGUCCUGCAAGUUCUGAAAUUUAUCAAGAGAUGCUAGCAAAGGCCCUUGCGCAUUAUUAUGGGGCCAAAUUGCUUAUAUUUGAUAGCCACUCGUUUCUGGGUGGUCCAUCAUCGAAAGCUGAGUUAUCGAAAGACGGAAGUACUAGCAAUGUUUCAAAGAGAGCUACUACUCUGUUGGCAGGCACUGCAAGUACCCCUAGUGAAUUAGACGUAACGGGAAAUGAAAAUGUUCCUUCUUCAUCUUCUCUUGACUCACAACAGAAAAUGGUGGUUGACAUUGUUUCACCUACAGCAGGAACCUCCAAAAGCCCCGCAUUUAAAUUGGGUGAUAGAGUAAAGUUUAUAGGUUCUGCAUCUGGAGGAAGCAUAUACCCUUCUUCAUCCACUUCAAGGGGUCCAACUUCUGGGGCUCGUGGGAGGGUUCUUUUACCUUUUGAAGACAAUUCUCUCUCAAAAAUCGGUGUGAAAUUUGACAAACCCAUUUCUGAUGGCGUUGACUUAGGUGGACUUUGUGAUGGUGGUUAUGGAUACUUCUGCUCUGCUAAUGAACUUCGCUUGGAUUCCACCAGUGUACAAGAUCUUGAUAAAUUACUCAUCAGCACAUUGUUUGAGGUUGUAUCAAGUGAGAGUAGGAACAUUCCUUUUAUUUUGUUCAUGAAAGACGCAGAGAAAUCCAUUGUUGGGAGCUCAGAAUCAUAUUCCACAUUUAAAGACUGGCUCGAAAAGCUACCAGAAAAUGUUGUGGUAAUAGGCUCACAAACUCACACUGACAGUCGCAAAGAAAAGUCACAUCCUGGUGGUUUGCUUUUCACAAAGUUUGGCAGCAAUCAAACCGCUCUGCUUGACUUUAAUCUUCCGGAUAUUGGAAGAUUGCAUGAAAGGGGGAAGGAAGUUCCUAAGGCAACUAAGCUUUUAACAAGACUUUUUCCUAACAAAGUGGCCAUUCACAUGCCUCAGGAUGAGAAUCUCCUUGCUAGUUGGAAACAGCAUUUGGACCGAGAUGCUGAAACCUUAAAGAUGAAGGGGAAUCUUUAUCAUUUACGUAAUGUUCUUAACCGGACUGGAUUAGAAUGUGAUGGGCUGGAAACAUUGUGCAUCAAGGAUCAGUUGCUUACAAACGAAGGCGCCGAGAAAGCUGUCGGAUGGGCUUUAAGCCAUCAUCUAAUGCAACAUGCUCAAGCCAAUCCAGAUGCAAGACUUGUUCUUUCAAACGAGAGUAUACAGCACGGUAUUGAAAUUCUCCAAGCAAUUCAAAAUGAAUCCAAGAGCUUGAAGAAGUCUCUCAAGGAUGUUGUGACGGAAAAUGAAUUUGAGAAAAGACUUCUUGGUGAUGUCAUACCUCCUAGUGACAUUGGAGUAACAUUUGAUGAUAUUGGAGCACUGGAAAAGGUCAAGGAUACAUUAAAGGAAUUGGUUAUGCUCCCUCUGCAAAGACCUGAACUUUUCUGCAAAGGCCAAUUAACCAAGCCAUGCAAGGGCAUUCUUUUGUUUGGGCCUCCUGGAACUGGAAAAACUAUGCUGGCUAAGGCUGUGGCUACUGAAGCUGGUGCUAACUUUAUAAAUAUAUCCAUGUCAAGCAUCACAUCAAAGUGGUUUGGUGAGGGCGAGAAGUAUGUUAAGGCUGUGUUUACACUGGCUAGCAAAAUUUCUCCCAGUGUUGUCUUCGUGGAUGAAGUGGAUAGCAUGUUGGGGAGGAGGGAGAAUCCUGGAGAACAUGAAGCCAUGCGUAAAAUGAAAAAUGAAUUCAUGGUGAAUUGGGAUGGUCUUCGCACUAAAGAUACAGAACGAGUUCUUGUUCUUGCAGCCACAAACAGACCAUUUGAUCUUGAUGAGGCUGUGAUUAGAAGGCUUCCCCGCAGAUUGAUGGUGAAUCUACCGGAUGCUCCUAAUAGAGCAAAGAUUUUAAAAGUUAUUCUUGCAAAAGAGGAUUUGUCUCCGGAUAUAGAUUUGGAUGCAGUUGCAAACAUGACCGAGGGAUAUUCUGGAAGUGAUCUUAAGAAUUUAUGUGUAACCGCUGCACAUCGCCCAAUUAGAGAGAUCAUAGAGAAGGAAAAAAAGGAGCGUGCUGCAGCUAUAGCAGAUGGCAAACCUGCUCCGGCUUUAAGUGAAAGUUCUGAUAUUCGGCCUUUAAACUUGGAUGACUUUAAAUUUGCUCAUGAGCAGGUUUGUGCAAGUGUGUCCUCUGAGUCUGUAAACAUGAAUGAGCUUGUGCAAUGGAAUGAGCUGUAUGGAGAGGGAGGUUCUAGAAGAAAGAAGUCUCUCAGCUACUUCAUGUAACAUCUUUGUACAAGUAUAGCUUCUUUUUCCAUUUCUUUUCUUUUUAUUAACUUAUAAUUAUUUAUCUUUUUUUCUGCAAAUUGGUUAAUUUAUUUGACACAAAUUGGGAUAGGAAUAAAAGUUAUAUAAAUCUUGUACAAUGGUUUAUUUCCAUCCUUUUAGUAUUGUUGUAUUUACGUUCGAUUGGCAUCUUUUAAUGUUGAAA